GUGGCUUCUUGCAGGGAGCCAAUCCACAAGGGUCUCUCCUCCGGGGGGAGGGCGUCGCAAAAGCAUCGGACGUGACGCGCGCAUCCAGAGAGGUGCGCUGUUGGGAGGACGCGUUGCUCCCUUAGCCCCCCCCUUGCGUUAGGAUCGCACGCUGGAGGCUGCGCCCUCGCUUCUAGGCGCCUCUCCACUUGGGGGCCCCGGCAGCAGCUCCUCCCUCUUGGAGAGCCCCACCACCCCUCGUGCGCUCGGGAGAAGCCAUCCGCCGCCGCCGCCUCGCGUGGCUCAGGAUCGCCUUGCGCGGGCGGAGGAGGGGGGAGCCUGGAAGGCCUGGAGGGGGGGAGACGCCCCCGGAGAGGAGGACAGCCGAGGUCCACCUUUUGGGGCUGGCCGCGGCGCGCCAAGAAGGAGACCACGAUGCCCGAGGUGAAAGACCUGGCCGAUGCUUUGCCGGAGGUGGCCAUGGACCCCAUCACUGGAGUCGGGGUGGUUGCCUCUCGGAACAGAGCCCCGACGAAUUACGACGUGGUUGCACAAACAGCUGACGGCUUGGAUGCUGACCUCUGGAAAGAUGGGCUGUUCAAAUCCAAGGUCACCCGGUAUUUGUGUUUCACGCGGACCUUCUCCAAGGAGAACAGUCAUCUGGGCAACGUUCUAGUUGACAUGAAGCUCAUUGACAUUAAGGACACGUUACCCGUCGGCUUUAUUCCCAUCCAAGAGACCAUGGAUACACAAGAAACGGCUUUCCGGAAGAAGCGGCUGUGCAUUAAAUUCAUCCCACGGGAUUCCACGGAGGCGGCCAUUUGUGACAUCCGGAUCCUUGGCCGAGGCAAACAGGGCCCUCCCCAGUAUACUUUCAUAGGGGAGUUGAACAGCAUGGGCAUCUGGUACCGAAUGGGCAAGGUGCCUCGAAACCACGAAUCAUCUCAACCCACCACUCCUUCGCCACAGGCUCCAGCGACAACGCCGGCCGCCAACCUUCCUAGGCAUAUAUCUCUGACACUUCCUGCCAGUUUUCGAGGGAAGGGGCAGGGCACGCGGCCGGACUUUGAGUAUCAGCACUCCAAUUUAUACGCCAUAUCAGCCAUGGAAGGUGUGCCUUUUAUGAUCUCCGAGAAGUUCGCCUGUGCUUCUGAAGGGAUGCAGCCGGUGGACCUCCUGGGCAUCACGAUUAAAUCCUUGGCAGAAAUUGAAAAAGAGUAUGAUUACAGCUUCAGGACAGAACAGAGCGCCGCGGCCAGGCUGCCCCCAAGCCCCAGCCGAUGCCAGCAGCUCCCACCGUCCUGAGAGCCCGUCAGCGCCUUGGAGAUGAAGCACAUAUACUACUGAGAGGGGAAACCGAUUCUCCUCCUUAUCCUUGACACGUAACCUUCUCCCCCGACGUCCCGGACUCUCUCCUCCCGAAAGCAGUAUUACUGGAAACUUGGAUAGCAAAGAGAUCUGUUUGUUUCUCUUUGGCUGAUGAUUUUCAUCACUCUUUUUUUACAAUGUAACUGCAGAUCUCAUUCUCUUCUCUUUUUUUAAAAAAUGUACCUGUUGUUCUUUUGAAGACAUUGAUCAGACCGCGUUUACCCCUUUUCAGCAAGUUCUCAGACUCACCGAUCUUCUCUCCAUGUUGUAAUUAUUUUAUUGCCCACCUCGUAACUGAAUCAACAUAGAGCUAAGCGUAUGGACUGUCCAGUUCCUUCUUUUUCAUUGUCUCCCCUGUUCAUGGGGCUGCCGAGAAGUCUUGAAAAUCAAGAGGGGGACCUCUUCUUCAAGACCUCCGGCACUAUCACGGACGUCGCUGAUACCAGGUCCUUGACUUCAGUGGCAGCUCCCAUCCCGCCAGCAGUGUGACUUGUUUGAGGAACGAGAUGAACACCUUCCUGUGCCCGGUUUUCGACUCCUGUGGAUAAAAUUGGUUUCUGAAACAGCAACAUUACCUUUUGUCGUAAACUUAUAUCUGUCUCUCUAAACAAUUUGGAGUUCGGUCCGUGUUUAAAACUCGUGUAUUCAAAUUAGCCAUGGGCCAUAACCUGUGAUGGUUUCAUUCCGCAGUGGCUCUUGGAGGAAAAGUAAGA